AUGAUAAUAUUAUACAAUUAUCUACACUACUAAUAUAAUCUAAUUCUCUACUCUUCUUAUAAAUAUAUUUAUAUAGUAUUUAAUAAUAUGAAUAUUGUAGAAAUAUUAGACAAAUAAGACAAUAAAAUUCUUGAAAUUUGAUCUCAAUUACUCUCAGCUUUUACCUACUAAUAAUAAACUAAUAAGAUUUGCAAUCUUAAAAAUACUCUUUUAUCUCUAUGUUUCAAGUCCAUAAAAAAAAAAUAUAACUACAAUUACAAAUUAUGUGAAAGUACAUGUUAUAAGGACAAACAAAUUUACUUAGAUUUAUGAUUUUAUUGAUUAGGAAACUACGCAUAAACAAUAGAAUUUGAAUAGGUUUGCUCCUAAAAAUAUGUGAGAAAUCAUUAGAAUAUAUUUCGAGUUAGAGCACAUUAAGAUAUCUGGUAAAUGAUGUAUUUGAAUAUGGUAGUUCUUUUAAAAAUUCAACUAUUUCACCCUAUUCUUUGAAGUCGUACAUGAUUUACCUUUCAAAUUAGAGAAAACAAUGA